AUGGAUGUAUCUUCACUAUAUACAUGUAUUCCGCACUCUGACGGCAUAAACGCAUGUGAAUAUUUUCUAAAUGAAGGAAAUAGUGAUCAUUACUUACAAACACCAGUGCUCUCUAAUCUUAUACGGAUAGUUCUUGAAAAUAACUUUUUCGAAUUUAAUAAUGAGUUUUUCGUGCAAACGUGCGGUACUGCUAUGGGAUCAUCUAUGGCGCCAGCAUAUGCCUCCCUGUUCAUGGGGAAACUGGAAAAGGACUUUAUCGAGUCACGAAAUAUCAAACCGACGCUGUGGCUACGUUUCCUGGAUGACAUUUUUCUAAUCUGGGACGAUACUUGCGAGGAACUCGAAAAUUUCAUUCGUGAUCUAAAUGAUUUUCAUCCGACGAUUAAGUUUACGCAAACCAUUUCCAGUUCAUGUGUUGAUUUUCUUGAUGUGCGUGUUUCCAAAAAUGAUUGCACUCUUUCAACGAACAUAUUCGUGAAAAACACUAAUAAUCAUCAGUAUCUUCAUUAUACCUCUUGUCACCCAAAAGCGUGCAAGAAUGGUAUACCAUACAGUCAAGGCAAGCGUUACCGCAGAAUAAUAUCCGAUGACAGUACAUUCAAGGACUCUCUUGUUGAUUUGAAAGACUUUUUUCUGAAACGUGAAUACCCGAAAGAAGUAAUUGACAAUGCAUUUGAGAAAAUUAAUUCUAUGAGUCAAAAUGAGGCACUGCGACUCACAGAAAGUAGCCAAUCUAAUUUUGUCAUACCAUUUGUUGCUACUUAUAAUCCUCAUCUUCCUAACAUUGGUCACGUUUUAAACAAAUAUUGGGACUUACUAAAGUUGUCAAAAAGUGAAACUAGAAUUUUUCAUAAAGGGUUCUGGAAAAAUGCACAUGGGGAAACUGAUGGAGGAGAAUCCACACCUACAGACACCCUCACCAGUAACAGCAUCACCGCAUUAUUGUCCAAUAAAUGGAGGGAUAUUUCCAAGAAAAUAAAAGACUAUGGUGAGAAGACAAGGUUCAGGAAGAGAAUAGUUUCCAAAUGGGAGAGUCUCAAUUAUGACACAAUAGAGAAUGACCUACAUUGGCAGGAAAAAGAUAAACCGAAUAUAAAGAAAGAAUUAACCUUGCAGUUUAUUCAGAGAUGGUUGAUAGUAUUUUUCACCGGACUAUUCACAGCAUUUCUAGCAGCAGUUGUUCAUAUUGUUGUAGAGAAGAUCAGUCAUGUUAAAUUCAGCUUGAUUCAAUCAUAUUUAGAUAGAUGUGCAAAGGAAGGAUGUUUAUGGCAGCCAGCACUAAUCUGGGUGGGCCUUAAUAUUAGUAUCACAGCACUGGGCUCUGCUUUGGUUGUAUAUUUACAGCCAUUAGCUGCUGGUAGUGGUGUACCAUAUAUAAAAUCAUAUUUGAAUGGGGUCAAAAUUCCAGGAUUGCUCACACUAGAAUGUUUUGUUGCAAAGGUUGGAGGUGUUGUUAUGUCUAUUCUUGGAGGUCUUGCCUGUGGGAAGGAAGGACCUAUGGCUCACUCAGGAAGUAUUAUUGCUGCUGCACUAGCUAAAGGCAGGGUUAGAUUAUUGUGCAGGAAAAAACGAGCAUCAAUAUAUUCAGGUUUUCGAGAUGAUCAUGAAAUCCGAGAUUUUGUGUCAGGUGGCGCUGCAUCAGGUGUGUCUGCAGCAUUUGGGGCACCAGUAGGUGGUACCCUGUUCUCUGUGGAGGAAGCUGCUAGUUUCUGGAGUCAGUCAUUGACCUGGAGAGUGUUUUUUGCUGCGAUGAUAGCUUGUUUCUUCACCAAUUUUUUGCUCAGUGCAUUUCAUGGAACCCCGAACCAGCUGUCAGCUCCUGGUCUUGUUAGAUUUAAUGUCUUCCCAAAUUUAAAGUUUGACUUGAUAGAGAUUCCUGUAUUCCUAGUGAUGGCUGUGGUUGGUGGUCUUAUUGGUGCUGCUUUUGUUGUGCUCAACUACAAAUUGACUGUGUUUAGAUAUAGAUAUAUCAAACUGAAAUGGUUGAAGGUUGCAGAAGCAGGUCUUGUAGCUGCUGUGACAGGACUUGCAUCUUUUCUUAUGAUCAUCAGUAUCAACUCAUGUACCAAUAAAACACCUUAUGAUGAAAGUUCCAUAGUUUCACAGAUGCAUUGUCCUGAGGGUGAAAGACAUUCCUUAUCAACAAUAUUCCUAGCUACCCCUGAAGGUUGCCUCAAGGCUUUGUUACAUGAUCCAUUUGGUUCAUUUAGUGCUUUAACGCUGGUGAUAUUUGUUGUUGUAUUUUUCUUCCUGGCUGUAUGGACGUACGGUCUGAGUGUAUCCAGUGGUGUUUUCAUACCAUCGUUAGUUAUCGGCGCCACCUGGGGACGACUGUUUGGUAUUGCGGUUGUCAACUUGUUUCCAGGGGACAGGGAGCAUUAUGAGGCAGAGGUAGGAAAGUACGCUCUGAUUGGUGCAGCGUCUCAGCUGGGCGGAGUUUUACGUACAACGAUCAGUUUAACUGUGAUAAUCGUAGAAUGCACAGGAGAAAUUUCGUUUGGCCUGCCUAUCAUGAUAGUUCUCAUGAUCUCAAAGUGGGUUGGCGACUUUAUAUCUACGGGCUUGUAUGAUAUGAAUAUAGAGGUUAUAGGUUUACCUUUACUUCCAUGGGAACCUCCAGCUCUCUGUGAUACUAUAAAAGCCAGUGACUUGAUGAAUGCACCAGCACUGUGUAUGAAUAAAAUAGAGAAAGUAGGUCGUAUUGUGGAAAUUCUCAGGAAUGAAACAUUUUGUGGAUUCCCAGUGGUCAACGCUAAAGGCAGGGAUCACAGUAAGCCUUCCAAAGUGCGUGGCCUCAUUUUGAGAUCUCAACUUCUUGUUUUACUAAAGCAUAAGAUUUUCAGCCCAGAAAAUAUGAUGCAGCCAAAUACAGUGAGAUUGAAAGAUUUCCAAAACUAUUACCUGCAUCAUUUGAAAAUACAGGAUGUUCCUAUAUCAGACGAGGAGAUGGAUUAUAUGAUGGAUUUAAGACCUUAUAUUACACCCAAUCCAUACACUAUAGGACCUACAUUUUCGCUACCAAGAUUAUUCCGUUUAUUUCGAGGUCUGGGUCUUAGGCAUUUGAUAGUGGUUAAUGAUUGCAAUGAGCCAGUUGGGAUUAUUACAAGGAAAGAUCUUGCAAAAUACAGAGUGGAAUCAAAACGUGGGCUGGUGAAAGUAGAACAGUUAAAUAUUGAAGACAAAUAAACACUGAAUAUUGAGAAGAAAUCCUUCACUACAUUAUGAUGCACCUUAGCUUAUACUUUAACUGUAUUCAGGGAAUAUAGAAAUCAACCUUAGGUUAUCCCUGCAACACAAAAUCAUGACCAUUGUAAAAUAUGCAAACCUCUAUUUGAUACAAAUUAUGCACUAUUUUAAUGAUAGUUAUUAAAGACUUCAUAAAUGGAUGCUUACACCUCAGUAGCUAGGUAUAGGGUAUAGUAGUUUUAACAGUUAUUAAGGAAGCUUCUCUAAUGCUGUAGUUUCAGUAAUGCUCAAUAAGUGUACUAAUUGCUGUGGUAUCAGGUAUUUGGAAUAUUGCAUUUAUCGAUUUAUAAUAUUCUCUUUUAUAUAUGAUUGUUUUUAGUUUUAUCUGAUAUAACAAAGAUUUAAACUUAUCAUGAUUAAACUUGUUGUUUAGCAUGGUUACAUGAUGUUCUUUUGUCACAAGUAUAUUGUGAAUGUCAUGAAUUGAUCUAGUAUUAUUCUUUUUAAAAUAUUUUCUUUUGUACAUUUAAAAUUGCUGAAAGUUUAAUAACAAUGACAUGUUAUGAAUCUCUCAAACAUUUGUUCACUGGAUUGAAAUUUCCUAGAAUCAGUUAGUGUUGAAAAUUGUAAAUAAUUUCUUAUCAACCACCAAGCUCUUUUAGCAUUAUUUCAUGUUAUGAGCAUAGUUUACAGAUUCAUUGUUAGUGAAUUGAAAUUAUUUUAAAAAACUGGUUUGAUAUUUUUUUAUAAUAGGAUUUUGUUAAAGUUUUAAUGAAAAGAUAUGUCUGUUAUUCACCUAUUCAUUUCUUUGUUGAAAUAACUUUAAUAUUAAACAUAAAAAUACAUGUACACCUGAGCUUAUCUUAUAAAUAUAUAAUUAUAUGUACUUGUAUAUAUUACAUAACCAGGAAAAUUAAAACAGUAUGAAGUAAUAUGUGUUAAAGAUAAGUUAAAAUAUGUGUUAUCUUAUAUUUCAGUGCAUUUGUUUUCUUUUCAUUUGGAUAGAUAUGUUAAGAAAUCAGAAAUUGUGAAUUUGAAUGCACGUAUGUAUUUAUCUUUAUUUAUUGUUCAUGUUUGAAACCAUGCUUUUAUUUUAAAGUGUUUACAAAAAGAUACAAUAAUGAUUUACAUUAAAGGGUAUUAUAUUGAUUACCAUGUUUUUUACCAGUUAGAUGUUACUAUAAGAGAACAGUUUUUUUGAUAUGGAGGGUACAUAAAGUAUUUACAUAUUUUUUUUUUCAAGUUUUUCAAUAUUUAAUCACGAAAAUGCCAAAACAUUGUAUAACUGCUUUUAACUUCUUAAACGUUAUUUCUGGGUAGCAGUGUCAUAGUGGUUAUGUUUGCCUUUCAGCUAAAGGAUCUCUGGUUCUAGCACUACUUGGGUCAUUCCACUAUGUGUCCUUUCGUAAUACCAGUACAGAUUAGUUUGAUGCCUGCAAAAAUGAUAAAUUUAAUUGUAAAAACUUGUUUUCACAGUCAAGCUUGAAUAAUUAUUGUCAAGUUUAUGAUUUUCACUUAAUUUGUACAUUUUCAUUAUAGAAAUUUAGUAAAAUCUCUCACAGCUUUAGGAGUAGAUGCUCCAUAGGAAGAUAGAUAUACAACAGAUAAAGCAGCAUGCCUCCAGAUUCAUGCUUAUUUUCAUUUUUUUUUUAAAUGUAUUAAAAAGAAAAAUAUUGUCAAGUGAACAAAGAAAGUAAUUUAUAUAUUGCAGAUGGCGUUUAAAACCUAUGAAAUUGACCAAAAAAAAACAGGUCAGAAUGUGCAAACAAGCCUUUACUGUGUUAGUAAUGUAGUAAAAAUAUAGUAAUACCGAAAAAAUCAGUCAUUAAUUUCUUAUAAUAUGUGAAUUGAUUAAUUCUUGACAAAUGAAUAUUUUUACUUUUGUUAAAAUGUUAGUACAUUUUAUCAAGUUUGAUUUUCUUGAAAUAUUUUAUCUCAUCUGGAGGCAUGCAACUUCAAGAUGUAUAUUUGGAUAAUUUAGAUAGAUUGGUUUAUACAUGUUUUUUAAUUGUAAGAAACAAACAGUGCUGAGUUUAAACUGAUAGAAUAUGAUUUAAGGGAUUUGUUUUAUAAGAUUUAUUAGUUAACUGUUUGGUAUAUUCUACCAAGUUUGUUGAUAACUUGUGUUGUCAUUUAAUUUUACAUUUAAUCAUGUAUUAAGAUGAAGAUAUCAAGUUAUAUAAGAGUAUGUUAAUAAAUGGUUGGAUAAUAGUAAGUCAGUAAAACGUAUACCAGCUCUUACAUUACUUAUAGGAAGAUAAUCUCUGGUUAUCUAGAUGGCACAUUGUUUACAAACUAAUAUUAAAUAUUUAUAUCAAAAUUUUGUGUGGAUCAUAAUUCCUUAAGAAUCUCAUUUUAUACUUUAUGUUUUUGAAUAUUUUGUUAGAAGGAGGUUUUUUUUUUUUUUUUUUUGGUAGCUUUUUUUUACGUUGAACACUUAUUUGGUUGUGGAUUUAGAAUUGUAAGUAACAUGUAAACUUUGUCACCAUGCUGCCAGUCAUUACAAUAGAGGCAGUAAUUAUCCACUUUGUUUAGUGUAAGUGACUGAUAUGUUAGAAAAGAUUUUAGCUCAGUAAAUCAUGAGAUUUGUAUAAACAGAUUUUGUAAUUUUAUGAAAUAUGUGAUUUGUUGAGGAUAAUGUGAUUUAUAGAGGAUAUUGAAUGAGUGGAGAUUUAAUACCAAAUUUAUUGAACAAGUUGAAUAAACUCAUAUUAUCUAAGCCCCAGGCAAGUAUUAUAUAGUUUAUUGAACAAAUUGAAUAAAAUCAUAUUAUCUAAGCCCCAGGCAAGUAUUAUAUUGUUUUAUUCAACGAGUUCAAUAAACUUAAUAUUGUAUUUACAGGAUAAUCAUGUUUUUUUAACACAUAUUUAAAAUAAGAACAGUUUAUAGUUAAAAAGAGUCAUUUUUCAUUGACGUGCCUAUAGUGUAACGCUAACCUUAGAGCUCUUUAAAGCUAUGUUUAUAACACAGACUUUAAUUACAGAAUUAAAGUCCGUGGUUGUAUAUUAAAUGCAAAUGACCUCAUGUCAAAAUGUUUUUACAAUAGUGUAAUACCUUAUUUAAUGGGUUAAUUUCACUCCUGGUUUAUGUGACAAAAACUAUUAGAUAAGAGGGUAAUGAUUUGUGUACCUUUUUCUUAAAUCUAUCAAUUACAUGUUAGUUGAAUAAAAGAAUCUCCUUUCAACAAAUCUCCAGUAUUGCAGACUAUUUUACUUAUGUGUGGCAUUGAGCACAUUUCUAAACUGUGUAGAGCUGUUGUACUGAAUUACCAGUGUAGACAUUUUGGCAUGAUACCCCUGUCAGUCAUACUGGAUUUAUUUUUAGGUGAAACAAGAAAGAAAUAUAUUUGCUUUAUAAUGGAUUUUAGAUGACAUUGUUUUGUAAGUAAAUUCAUGGAAAAAUAUUAGUUUAGAUGUUAAAGAUGUAGAUCAGCUGAUCUACAAAAUCAAGAAAGUUAAUAUCUCAUAAUUAAUAAUAGUGUUGCAGUAGUUAGUUAAUAUGGGUACUAUUUGUAUUAGGUAUAAAUAUUGACAUCUCAUAAAAUGUUUAAAAAAAUAACCAGGUUUGCAAAAAAAAUGGUUAUUGAUAAGACUUAAGAUUAUUUUGUGUAAUGAUAAAACUUUAGCCAUAUUCAGAAAAGAUGUUUUUGCUGUAAAUUCUCAGUUGGGGCAAUAAAGCACAAAAGAGAUAGGCUUAUGCUUUCAGUGUAGAAUCAGGCCAGUAUACAUAUCUGUAUAGUAUACAUUAUAUGUUUAUAUAGGUGUAAUGUAUGAAAUCACACUUUAUCUAUAAUAUAUCAUUGAAAUGUUCAUGAAUCACCUUAUUUGACUUCACUGAAUUAUUAUUAUAUAAUUCGUAUGUUAUGUAGGUUAUAGGAUAUAUGACAUUGUCAGGGUAUUAGAAGUUUUUUUAG